ACCAGAAAUUUGCAUUCCUUUUUAGUCUAGUUUGUCUCUCGAUACCAUUUGGCGACUUUUAAUUGUGUUUCACUUCUCAAUGAGAGGAAGUGGUUAUAUGUUUCCUGCCCCUCCUCCAGCACAACACACACACUUUGCCCGCUGAAGUAAACGCAGAGCUCAGAGGGGAAAGCAGAGCACAAGCGAGCUGCGAAAGAAGAAAAUGGCGAUCACGCAGGAUGUAUGCUUACCCUCGUAGAUGCUGCAAACGCGUUGAAUUUCUUUAGCCUUACAAUCGGCUUUCCUUUCCACUCUGUUGCACUUUAUUCUUCAAAGAGAGAUUUGGAAUCGAAAGCUGUUGCCACCAAAGAAACUGAAGCAUCUUAACAGGGAACGCACCCAUAGAGGGAAGAACAGUGGAUGGAAGAGAGAGAGAGAGACGGCUGGUUUGAAAAGGAAGGAAUCCAGUAAGAUACAGGACUGGACAAAAGUGCCACAGCAUACCUGGUCAAGACAGAGACCCUAAUCAAAACCGCAUCCCCCUCCCCAUCCAUAUAUACAACCCCCCCACCCCCCCACACACACACACACACAUACACACAGUCCCCAGCAAUGCCAAGGGGGGCUGAUCGGCCUGCUGCCUGCUCUGACAAGCUCUGCCUCAUCACCUCACACCCUUGAGGCUGUGCGUAACCAAUCUUUGACCACUGACCUCCCAGUUGUCGACCUGGAAACCAAAGGUCGCCUGUUCUCCGCUGAAGUCGGGGACGCCCUCUUGUCCUGCCAGGAGCUGCAGCCACCAGUGACUUUCAAAGGUAAACGGCAUGGCUCCCAUUCGGGAUUCCGUCAGCCAUUCCCCUAAUCAAACAGGUUUGGAGCAUCCUGGUUUGGAUUCGCAGUAUGAGCCCUCCCCCUGGUCCACUAGCUCCCCGUGCAGCAACGACAGUAACAGCAACUGGGGCAAAGUCCUAGUUGACGGACGUUCUGACAAAUCCAAUAACACUUGUUCACCCAGCUCCUCUGUCUGGCCUCCCUCCUCCUCUUCAUUUUCUUGCUCCUCAUCUUCCUCUGGCUGUGGUUCAGGGUCAGAUCCAGAAUUGGCAUCAGAAUGCAUGGAUGCAGAUUCUAGCUCUUCAGUUGGUUCAGAGAAGAACCUUGGCCUUGCUGCAGCUACAGUGAUGAUGAUGUCAGCCAACACUUCUUCCUCCGUGUCCUCUACAGCUUCUUCCCCCUCCUCUCUGACAUCCACCAUGAUGGUUGGUGUGAAUGCAGAUGGCAACAUUUGUCAGCUUGGAGGCAUAGGAACCUUAAGCAACGCAAAUAAUGAAAAUAUCACCAGGUCUUCACACUACUCCAUGGCUGGGUCCAGCAGUAUUGGCAGCAAUAAUAUGAGUAACCACAACAACAAGCUAGUUGGCAGCAGUGGUGUAUGGGGCUCCCAGUCAGGCAACAACAUGAACACCAUUGGUGGAAGCAACUCUUAUAUAAAUGGAGGGUCAAACCCAAACAUUUUAAACCCAAAUGCCAACCAUGGUGCCUGGCCAGAGAAUCCAACCCCAAACCUGUUGUGCCAAGGCCAAAGGCCUUCGCAGGCUCAGGGGAUGACUUCCAAAUUGGGUGUGGUUCCUCAACAGGGGCCCUUAAUGGGCUGGGGUGGCAUGGCAGCUCCAGACAGCAGCAGUAUGAUGGAAGACACUGAGGUGAACAAUGGUACAUCAAGCAGCAAGGUGUUAGGAGGCAGCAACAGUGGAAAUGGUAGUCUGCAGCCUACCAACCUUAACACUGAACCCAAUGGACCAAAUAACACUAUCAUGAUGAAUACUACUACUACUAACACCACAAUGACCUCUAUUCCACCAGACUCUACCGCCUCACCCCUACUCAGCGAGGAUCGCUCCUGGGGCUCCAUUGGAGGAGGAAAUGGAGUGCCACAGGCCAAUGGAAACCCCUCAUUAGCUCCCCAGAACCCUCAAGAAGAAUCAGCGGGCACUGGGGCUUUUGGUACGCCUUGGGGUGCAGCUACCUAUCCUGUAGACAAAGCCCCCCUUAAUGUAGACACUGUGAACCCCCAGAUCUCCUCUACUGCUGCUUUUAAGAGUAAUAAUAACCACAAUAACACUGGGGCCCAACGGUGGGACCAAGGGCCCACCAAUACCCCAAACCAGCCUCAAAGUAACUUGUCCUGGAGUGUUGGCUCUAAUCAAAUCCCAGGCCCUACAGGCCAAGCGCCAGGAAAUGGAAAUCAAACUACUAUGGGCCCUCCAGCAGGGAUUCCUCACCCCUGGGGGAGCAGCGCAUCCUCUUCUUCCUCGUCAUCGUCUUCUUCCACCUCUAACAGCAAGAUGUCAACUGGAGAAUGGGGAUCAGCAACUACUGGUAACAACAGUACAGAUGCAGGAAUUCAGAAAGGAAGUUCUCCCAACAAUGGGUGGAAAAGCCUUGAGGACGAUGCCAUGGGGAUGGGAGGAGCAGGCGGUGGAAGUCAUGGCCUAGGAGGCGUCACUGGAGGCUGGGGCCGCUCCGGAGGAAGUGAAGGAAGUUGCGAAAGCUCUGGUGGUCGAUCCAGUUCAGACAGAGACAUCAACCAGCCUAGAGGAGGAAACCGCAGGAAUGUUAACCAUACCACGUCAAUAAUAUCAGCCUCAACUCAGGCCGAUGUAGACCCAAGGAUUCUUUCCAACACUGGAUGGGGACAAACGCCCAUACGGCAGAACACCGCUUGGGAUGUCAAUUCUCCUAUAAAUAAUCAGGGUCCUAAAGGGGAUGACAGAAAGCAAAGCAGCAGAGGUUCCAACUGGGGCGCAGUAACAACGGCAGCUCCCUCCCAGACCUCUGGAGGUUGGGGAGUUGGGCCAAGCAGCUCAGGCCCUGAUAGUGGAGGUUCUGGCUGGGGAGAUCAGAAACAAACAUCCGGUUGGGACAGUAAAGGAGGAAGUGGCUGGGAUGAUGGAUCCAGUUACAAGGGUGGUAACAGCAGUAACACCUGGAACAACAACGUUAAAGAUGACAGGUCAAUGACAUGGACUAAUACACCCAAAAUGCAGCAUGGCUGGGGGACAAAUAGUGGAAACGGUAGUGAAGGAUGGGGCAGCAGUGACUGUACCAGAACAGGAGUCAGCAACCACUGGGGGGAACCUCAGAAAGGUGCCGGCUCAGUGGGCUGGGACAGCGACAGCGACCGGUCCGGCUCUGGAUGUUGGAGUGAGCCGAGCCGAACCACCAACACCAGCAGCAGCAACACCUGGGUAGGCAGUGGAGGAUCAAAUACUCCUGACCAGAGCACUCCAAACCCUGGCUCCAACUGGGGAGACUCUGUACACAAACCCAACCCUCAAAGUAGCAGUCAAGGCUGGGGUGAGCCGGGGAAGAACAACCAUGGAGCUCAGAAUUGGGGGGAAUCCAACACUAAACCUUCUAAUGAAUGGGUUAAAGGUCCUGAAUCCAACAUAUCCAGGGGAAAUCCAGGUUCCAGCAAAUCCACAGGCUGGCUUGGAGGCCCAAUGCCUCCAGUAGGACUGAAGGAGGAAGUUGCAACUGGGUGGGAGGAGCCUUCUCCUGAGUCCAUCCGUCGGAGGAUGGAAAUCGAUGAUGGAACUGCAGCUUGGGGAGAUCCUGGUAAAUACAGCGGAGGCUCUGUCAAUAUGUGGAACAGGACGACACAGUCAGACCAGGAAGCCAUGGGCCCACCCUCUCAGAAUAAACCCCACCCUGCACACAACUCCAUGCCGCCUGUGCAGCAUCACAACCAAGACAAAACCUCUGGUUCAGGUUGGGGUGAGUCCUAUUCCCAGCAAAAGGACUCUUCGUCCUGGGGGGAGCCUUCAGCUGGUCCACCUGUGACAGUGGACAAUGGGACAUCUGCCUGGGGGAAGCCCAUGGACACCAGCACUGGCUGGGAUGGACCAAGCAAGGACGUCAGAGAGUCUGGGUCAGGAUGGGGCAGCCAGCAUAAGUCUGGUCCUAAGCCCAUGGAGACGUGGGGUGGAGAGGACGUGUCCAAGGGCAACAGGUGGGAUCAGGAAGAGGAGGUAGAGAUUGGGAUGUGGAGCAACAACCAACAAGACAACAGAUCUCAUGACCAGAACACUUGGAACUACAAGCAAAAAGGUCCCAACAAGAUGAACAAACCAGUCAACAAACAAGACGAUCCUUGGAUGAAACCUUUCAUCAACCAGUUCAACAGCAUGUCCUUCUCUAGAGACUCUCCUGAUGAUUCUAUGAAGCCAGGAGCCGGCAUGGGGACGGACAAACGGAUGGACAUGAGCGGUAUGGGAGACUACAAUGGAGUCAUGGGGAAGAACCCGGUUUCUCGACACCAUUUCCACAAGGACUCUGUCAUUGAGCGUCCUUACUUUGACAAGCUUUCUGCUUAUGAUAGCCCUGCUUCUGAUGAGUUCUCCUCCAAUCAAAGCAUGAGCCUUUCCUCUAGCAAUUCUGCUCAGCCUAUCCCCUGUUUCAACUCUGGGCCAUCCCCUUCCCACUCUAGUUCUGGGGCUGCUCCGCAGAAUGUAAACCCAAUGUCGGGUGGCAGCAGCGUAGCACAGGGCCGAGGAGGCCCCCAGUCCCAACCUCAGCCCAAUCUUCGCAACCAAGUGCCUCCAACCAUCUUGCCCUCUCAGGUCCCUCCAUCUUUGUUGAAGUACCCAGGAGCUAAUGGUGGUUUGAACCCUCUGUUCGGUCAGCAGGUGGCUGUCCUCAACCAACUCUCCCAGCUCAACCAACUCUCCCAGCUCAACCAGCUCAACCAGAUACAGCGUCUUCUCCUUCAGCAUCAGCAACAGCAAAAAGUUCAAAGCCAGAGAGCCAUGCCUGUGGGUCGUCCGACUGAGCAGACGCGUCCUAUUGGUUCGUCUCCAUCAAUGAUGCAACCACCAAAGCACCUGGAUCCCUCCCUGUUGAAACAGGCCUCGCAACUCAAAACAUACCCUGAUAGCUACUUGUCCCAAAAUACCCCUGACCUGCAGAAGGAUGCUUCCGCUAUCGGAUCCUUCAGCAACUUCUCAUUUGGCUUGAACUCUAAUCAGAAUGUAACCCUGGACAUGGGUGUUGGGGGUGGAAGUACUGGUGGAGGAGCUGUGAGCUACAAAGAGCCACCCCAGUCCAGACUGAAGAAACUUUGGGCUGCUGACCCCCUGGAGCAGAACAGCAAACCUGGUGCUAUGUCGUCUGGACUCCGUCUGGACGACUCUCCCUUCUAUGAUUUCCUGUCUCCUGGCCCGUCACCCCUGAGUCCCCCUGGUCAAUCAAUGGGCUCAGUGGGUGAUGGCUGGCCACCCCAUGCCAACUCCCCCCCUCCCCAUGGAAAUACUGUCACUUGGCCCCCAGAGUUCCGGCCCGGGGAGCCUUGGAAAGGUUACCCCAACAUUGACCCUGAGACUGACCCUUAUGUGACCCCUGGUAGUGUCAUCAACAACCUUUCCAUCAACACCGUCCGCGACACAGACCUCCUCAGGGACAGGAACAUCGGGCCAUCCUCAUCACUGAACACCACGAUGCCUUCUAACAGUGCCUGGUCAUCCAUUCGUGCCUCCAGCCACAGCGGUUCCCUCACCAGUACAGCACAAAGCACUUCAGCUAGACCCAGUGAGUCAAAGUGGUCUCCUGGCGGCGGGUCUGUGUCCAACUCCUCUUUAGCCCAUGAGCUUUGGAAGGUCCCCCUGUCUUCUAAGCCGCUGCCAGUAGCAGCCCCCUCCAGACCACCACCUGGCCUCACUAGCCAGAAGCCCAGCCCUGCCUCCUCUGGCUGGGAUGGCUCUGCCCUGAGGCUUGGGGGCUGGACCUCUACUGAGUCUAGAUACACACCUGGCUCCAGUUGGGGUGACAGCAGCAGCUCAGGGAGAACCCAAUGGCUUGUUCUGAAAAAUCUCACUCCUCAGAUUGACGGCUCCACAUUGAGGACUCUGUGCAUGCAGCAUGGCCCUCUGAUCACAUUCCACCUCAACCUGCCACAUGGUAACGCCGUGGUUUGCUACAGCUCAAAGGAUGAAGCCGCCAAGGCCCAGAAGAGCCUGCACAUGUGUGUUUUGGGGAACACUACUAUACUGGCUGAGUUUGCCAGCGAGGAGGAAAUUAGCCGCUUCUUUGCACAAGGGCAGUCAUUGGCCUCUCCUUCCUCUGGCUGGCAGGCCAUUGGUUCUUCUCAAAGCAGAAUGGAUCAGUCUCACCCCUUUCCCAGCCGCGCUUCUGAACCGAACCAGUGGAAAAGCGGCGACCUGCACAGAUCUUCUCUCUGGGGCGGGCCCAACUAUUCCAGUAGCCUGUGGGGAAACCCUGGCGGCAGUGAGCCAGGGAGGCUCAGCAACCCCUCUCCAAUCAGCUCCUUCCUCCCAGUGGAUCACCUGACGGGGGCCGGAGGCUCCAUGUGAACUUCCUGUGUGUCAGACAGGCUGGAAGAAGGGUCAGUAGAGAAUUAUCAAUAAUCAGCUAAAGAAAAUGGAAAGUAAACAGUUAGAAAUGCAAUGGCACUAGUUGGACUCUUUCUCACUUACAAGAUAUUCAACAAAACGGGGUCUCCCCUGUGGAAUACAAGUUACGUUUCUCUUUCUGCACAUAUGUCCACUUUGUUUUAGCCCAAAAACAUAUCAGUCGGAAUACUUGAAUAAUGCAGGCCAAUUCUAUAAUGUGAACGGAUGGAUAUUUGCUUCCAGGUAGUGCUCUUUCAGACCGAAAAAAGCUUCAGUCAAGUUCAUUAUUAUUAUUAUUAUAUAUAUUUUGUUUCAUUCAUCAUGUUUAUUUGAAUUCCAACUCGUUUAUUUUCAACAUUUUCAUUUCAUUUCAUUUAGUUUUUUUUUUUGCAUUUUGUUUGCUGACAAUGUUGGAGAAUGAGCUUUUUUUUUAACUUUGCACUGAAUGUGGUUUUUUUCUCAGUAUAUAUAAUCUGCAAUAUAGAGGGAGCAGCCAGUUUUUCCAGUGUAGCUGUUUACUCAUUGAGGUCCUUAUCGUACGUGUGUGUGCGCGCGCACGAGUACUUUGUGUGUAUAUGAUUGCAUUGUGAAUGAGUAUGUGUGCGCUCCUCUCUGCCUUGGCACGCCUACCUUACUGCGUUGUUGUGGAGUUCAAGAUCAACAGAUAGUUAAAAGAAUAAAACCUGACUUAGGAUGAUUAUCUGGUGAUAGAAAAAGUGACAUUUAAAAAGUAUUGCACCAAUUUUUGUUUUAAAACUAAAGAAAGUUGAGCUCUGCAGUGCAAAGGACUGUAGCCGCAGCUGGGACUAGCAAGCCCCUCCCGCUCCAAGAAAGUGGGCGGGGCCUAUCUAGCAAGCCCUCCCUGUUGCCCCCUAGCGGGGCAGGGAGGGAACAGCACUUUCAGAAUAGGCUUUCAAUGUUUUUGGAGGUGCCACACUGCAACCUCUUGUUUACAAGACUUAGGAGGCAGAACGUGUGUUCAUUCUUCAUUUUAAAGAGAAGAUAAACUAAACUGAAAAUUACAAAAAAAAAUUAAAAACCAAAAAAGUGUAUAUAAAAAUUAUAAAAAGAAAUAGAAAAAAAAACAACAACAAAAAAAACUCUUGAGGAUGAAGACGUUGCGUUGUAACUCUGGGAAUUCGGAUCAGUGUUUUUUUUUUUUUUGGCCAUGGCGUUGGUUAUUUAAACUAUUCCUUUUGUCUCCUAAAUAACCUGCAAUGGUUCUCAGGAAAUCAAGCCAGUUCCCCCCUUGCCCAUUGUAGUUGAAUUUAAAACAAAAACAACAAAAAAACUACUACUCCUUGUAGGAAAGGAAAAUCCAACUUCUAGCACUGAAAACAAACUUUGUAAUGGUCUUUUUUUUUUCUCUGCCAAAUAACUGCUUUAAAGCUGGAGAAGUUCACACACUGCUUUCAAUAUGCUGUCUUGUUUUGAGGGAGGUGGAGCAUUUUUCAGUAAAGGGAGUGGAAUGGACGGAGGAGAGACUGGAAAUUAUCCCAGCGCUCCCUCCCUCCCCCUCUCCCUCCUCCUACUCCUCCACUCCAUAGUUGUAAAAACUUUGGGGGACUGUUUUAAUCGUGAGUGUAAAAUGUUCUGUCUCGUCACUUUUAAAAACCAAGAGAAAAGGCAAGAUCUGUAUCUAUGCAUACUGUAGCCUCUCGCAUUCACAAGGCCUGCCGAGAGGUUUUCUUUUCAUUUUUGUUCCGUCUCUCAAAAAUGUUUAAAAGGUUUCAUUAAGUACGACUACAUGCUCUCUUUUUUUUUUUCUUUUUUUUUUUUUUGGUUGUUUUUAAUCAUUGCCACAAAUGGUGUUUAAAAAAGAAAAACGUACACAUUUUGGUUGAAGAUAUUUUAACAGUGCAAAAGUCGUCCACAUUUCAUUGCCUUGAUCCUAAAUGUGUCCGAAGAUGCAACAAGUCAAGUGGCUUCUACCUGUUUACAAAUAGAAUAUGAUUGUAUUGUUGUACUGUUUUUAUUUGGUUUUCUCUUCCCCUCCUUUGGGUCAGGGAAGGGUGGGGUACUCAUCUGAAGUUUCUGACGUCAUGAAUUUGUUUGUGUGUGAAAGAGAACAGUGUGAGUGUAAAUGUUGAUUAAAUAAAUACUUUGGUUAAUAUUAAAUUGACCUAUAUACCAGUGAUUGUUGAGUUACUACGAUGCACAAUGGAGUGCGACAAGGCGAAAGCUUCAGAGCACGUUGGGCGAGAGAUCAGCAUUAGCGAAGCCAUGGACCUUAAUUUUCUUUUCUCGUGUCCUUUUUUCUUUUUUUCCUCUUCCUGUGUUCAGCCUGUUAUGCGUGUGUGUUGGCGUGCACACAUUUAUUCCCCUCCCCCGACACCGAGAUAGGGUUUUUAUUUUAUUUCAGAAGUAAUACAAGCAUUGGCUUUUGGUGCAUUUUUUUAUUUUCACCGUGAAUAUAUACAUAACGACUUUGAGGCGUAUGUAGUGAAUAAACCUUGAGUAUUAGUCAGACUUGACAGUGGUUUGUGUCAGUAUUGAACGCUCUCUACCAAAUAAUUCAGUCAUACAAAAUAUUAGUUUACCUAAUUCCACAUCUUUGCUUAAUAAAUAUAUAUCUUAUUUGUGUUUGCUUUUUGUCUUGAAGUUAUCAAAUGGAACAUCUGAACUGUUUUUGUUUUUAAGUUAACUUAAGUUGACAGAUUAAACUGAGGAGCCUUGGAUUUUGCACUAGGGCGAAUUGGAGGAAAUGCCAGAGUCGGGGGUCAGACAUGCGGCGAGGAUUUAGUUUGGUGUCUUCGGGUGUUAAUCUAUUAACAGGGUAACUAUUGUGUGCGUGAGCUGCGACUAAAGAUGAUGAUGCCUAGUUUUUCCUUGCAAGAUUGUAGCUGAAACGGUUAAAAAAAAAAAAAAAAAAAAGGCUUAGCGAAGGUCCGGUUUGACUCCUCUGUCCCAUUCAGCGUCUUCAGCAAAGUCCCCUCUGCAUGGGAGAGAUCAACAUUUGCAGCUGCUCCUCGUGGUUGUUGGAUUGGGGGGGUUAAUGAGCAAGAAGGGUGUUCUGACCAUGCUUGGUGAUUAUGGCAGGAGAUGCUCCUGACUGAAAAUAGGUUUUCCUUUUAAGCUAAGCUCAGUUACAGGAGAGAAGAUCCAAAAACUGUCAGAAAAAGGAGCAAGUCAACCCGGAUCUGUCCAUAUUCCCAUUCUGCUAGUUCAAAAUCACUUUGUUCAUUCUGAUUUUUAGCAAUGUCCCUUUUUUUUUUUUUUCAGCGCUGAUUUAAGGGCGGUUUUGUCCUACUUUAGUAUCCUUACCUUAAACGUUAGUGGGACGACAACUGAUCUCUGAUCAGCCCAGGAGGUAGCAUUGCUGCUCUGUUAGAGAAGGGACAAGCAAUGUCUGUAAAACGCCUGAGUAACAAUGUUAUUUUUAUUCCCAGCAGAGUUGUGCUAUAUUUCUGUCUUGUUAAAUCCACUGUUGGUAUGUGUGAAGACGCAUGUAUGUGUGAGUGAACUUAUCAUGCCAAAUCAAGGAGGGAGGGGAGUUAGGGAAGGAAAGGGAUUGACUUAUAGUUGUUGUUUUUUUUUUUUUAGCUGUACAUGUGCAUAUGUGUAUUUAAAAAGCUGGACAAUGUUUAAAUGCUUGAAGAAAAAAAAAAAAACAUUUGCUAAAGGAUGAUGUGAGGAAAACCACCAUGAGCAAUGUACAAUCCCCAAAGCUGCCAAGCAGCUUCAUGACAGGGCCAGAAGAGGGGAGGGGAGGGGAGAAGGAAGGAGAUUGGUGGGAGAGGAGGGAGGUUUGCUGGUGAUACUCUACUACUUUUUAAAUAUUUAAAGUACAAAUAAUGUGACUUGUUGUGUUUCUCUUAACUAUCCUGUGACUAAAUGCUACAUUAUAUUAUAAUACACACCCAACAGCUCCUACAGUCUAUCAAAAGUGCUAAGGCUAUUUUUUUUAUAGAAGAAAAAAAAACAAUAUAAAAACUGUGAGAAUCUGCUGUCUUUGUUUUACACUUAGUAUGACCACACAUGUAGAAACCCUGAAAAGCUUUAGUCUAACCAGCACAAAGAUAUGGGUGGGAUGGGUUUAGGGUGGCGGGUGGGUUUUCAGGGCGGGUGUUCCUCAGAGAGACUAUGCAGUGGAGCGUUAAACCCAGGCUUCCAUGUCCACCUUGGGUUUUAUUGUUUUUUUCUUUAAAUUAUAUUGAAAAAAAAACCAUAAAAUCGAAUUUAAAAAAAAUCCCUAGCCCUUUGUAGAAACGCAGCUGAGAUGGAAUUCCCAAUAACGUUCCUCAAACACGUGCCAUCUUUGAAUUGUACUGCUUCUAAUAUUGUAAAAAACCAAAAAAAGAAGAAAAAAAAAAAAACCCUGAUAAACCUUUAUUACCUAGCAGGCGUCGGCCCAGUUGUAGCAGGAGAGGACAGGUUAAGAUUUGCAAAAGUCCAUUUAUUUUCCCAGCUUGGCCGGUGAAACUGCAAAUUUUACAAUGACCACAAGGCUUUUUAUAUAGAUUCUAUCAAUCCACAGUGUGUAGUUGGAUCACCUUUAAAACCUAUUAUGCACAUUGCUUUGGGGAGACUGUUGAAACUAUAUAUAAUAUAUAUGAAAAUAUAAGCGUACACAGUGUCUAUAAUCAUUGAGAGGACGCCAUCCUUUCCAACACCACGAACAGGAAGUACCUUGUUUUUCAUUUUCCAAAUGUCUUCCUCGGCUCAUCAAAGGAUUUUAUCUUAACUUCUGUGGAAUCUGCACUUUUUGAAGGACAAUCUUUAAUUGUAUGGGUAUAAAUUGACAAAAAAAAAAAAAAACGAAGUCGCCUGAUAUUACAUGGUAUAGAAAACCAACUCCAGUGUGCUCUAAUAAUGAAUGUCUCCUCUGAUGCUGUCUAUAUGUUUGGGUUCAUUUAAUCUUUUUAUCCUCCUUCCUUUCUUGCUUGGUUUGUUCUGUUUUUGUUUUUUUUUUUCCUUUUAAUUUUCCAGAUUUUAGUGUUCUUAUGAGAAUCUGUAUUAAGGUGUAGAGUAGUAGUUAGUAGGUCUUCUGUUGGCUGUACUCGUAUACUGAUUACUGUUUGUAACCUUCUGGCUCCUGCAGCCAGCAUACAAAGCUGUAUAACUUGGGUACAACCCUCAAUAAAAGACUAACAGUGAGGAAAAAGCUCA